UGCUACCUGUGCCGACAAAGAAAGACGAAAUGUGAUCGCCAACUUCCCAAUUGCUCGUUCUGCGUCAAAGCGAAAGUGCGUUGCCAAUAUGUGACCAAAACGAAGAAGCACGGUCUCCGAGCUGGCUAUGUGACUCAACUGGAGAAUCGCAUA